AUAAAAAGGCGCAAUUAAUGUAAUACUUAUCAGUUAGUCGAAUUUUCGUGUCAACAGAGCCACUCCCAAGAGAUAUAUCAAUAAGCAAGCAUGAAAAUCGCCAUAGCUUUGUGCUUUUCGGCUGUACUUUGUACCGUCUAUGCUCCUAUUCCACCACCGGAUUAUUUAGAAGAUGCAAAGCUACAAGUAAAAAAUGCAAUAUGGAAUGUGGAGCGUAUCAUGCAGCGAAUUGAGCGUGUCCGCGCUGAUACUAAAGAGGACACUAUUUUAACAGUCACGAAAAGAUGGUGGGAACAAAUGGAUAAUUACAGAGAUUACGUAAAGUUAAUGCUCGAGUCGAUGCGCAGGGAAGUAAAUAACGCAAAGCUUAGAGGUGUAGAUGCGCAGUACUGCUACGAUACUAAUUUCUGGGCUAUAAAUCAACAUAGCGACAUAGCAUAUCAAACUGCUACGAAAUGCCAAGAAUCUGCCGAAAAGUCCAUUCAGAGUAGCCUUGGGUUUCUUGAUAGCCUCAUGUCGCUUGGAGACGAGCUAAUAAAGCAAUUGAAUGAUAUCAUCCUCAACUGCCAUAGCGACAAUACUACUAAAAUGCAGAGCUGCAUCCUUAACAAGUUCGAGAAAAUCAAUACUGCCGUAAAGGAAUUUGAGCAGGGCGCCAAAUACAUCGAGUACAACGCAUUGUCAGCAUCCAAUUACGUUAUUUUACAGGCUACCCAAUGUCUAACCAACGCUUAUUUGUUAGCGCGUUUCGAGAGUCAGGGCGCAAUGAUGUCUAACUCCAGAUGCGUUCGUGACGCUGUGGAGAAAAAGAAUAAACAGAGUUUAAUUGCUUAAGAGAGCCUAAUAAUGCAUUUGUAAAUUACGAUUUAUGUUCAAAAUAAGACUCGAGAGAAAUCAGUAUGCGCAUCUUGAGAAAUAAGAUAAUUAAUUUGAUAAAGAUAUAUGCUACCAUGUUUAUGCAUAUCGCGUAAUAAAUCUUUGAUUGUUAA